UGUACCCUGCAUGGCCUGCUGCAGCUGCAGCUACAGCUACAACUAGUGGAGGCAAGAAUGACACCUGCGCUCCCCUGCAUCAAGACAAGCUGAUCGUAAGGACGGAUCUGUUUUAUUUCUAGAUUCAACAAAAUGCAUACAAUGAUGGCGCAUGUCAUUCCACCUUUACGGACACGUUUUAUCGCGGCGGUUUUCACAUUCAUUGCGCUAUGGGGAUGUGCGCUUUCCAUCACUCGGUACUCUAUUCCAGAGGAGAUGGAAGAGGGGUCUUUUGUUGCCAACCUGGCCACAGAUUUGGGUUUGGAUGUUCGCAGUUUGGUGCAGCGUAGCGCAAAACUCGAUGUCAUUCACAGCAAAAAUUACCUUGACAUCAACAAAGAAACGGGGGAGCUGCUAAUCCGCGAGAAGAUAGACCGGGAGAGCAUAUGCAUGACUAAAACAACCUCGUGCUUUCUGAAAAUGGAUGUCAUACUUGAGAACCCUAUUCGUAUUUUUAACAUCGAGUUAGAAAUAAUGGACAUCAACGACAACGCGCCUGUGUUCCGCAGGAGGACAAUGCACUUGGACAUAUCGGAGGCAACCCCUCCCGGUGAGAGAUUUUCAUUGACAAACGCUGUGGAUGCGGACGUGGGGGCGAACUCAAUCAAAACCUACUAUCUCAGCGAAAGCAAGUACUUCAACAUCGACAUACAAACUGGCAGCGAUGGCUCCAAAUAUGUCGAUUUAGUGCUGAACGGUCAUUUGGACCGGGAGGAGCAUGCGGUUCAUAAUUUGAUUUUAACCGCUGUGGAUGGAGGGGUGCCUCCCCGCUCAGGCACAGCCAGCAUCGUUAUUAACGUCCUGGAUAUCAAUGACAACGCCCCCCUGUUCAGUCAGCCGGUAUUUUCAUUGAAUGUGUCAGAGAACUCAGCUGCAGGGACAGUGGUCAUGACCUUAAACGCAACAGACUUGGAUGAAGGCACAAACGCUCAGUUAAUAUACUCAUAUACACUGUACACCUCAGAGAAGACUCAAGAGCUCUUCUCACUUGAUCCAAACUCGGGCGAGAUCAAGGUGAAAGGGGUGAUUGACUAUGAGGAGAGUCAGAGUUUUGAGAUGCACAUACAGGCUCAGGAUGGUGGGGCAAACCCAAAGUCAGGGCACUGUAAAGUCACGGUGUUCGUGACAGAUCUGAACGAUAACUACCCUGAGGUGACCAUCAAGUCUGUGAAAAGUGCACUGACCGAGGAUGUCUCUGUAGGGACUCUGAUUGCGGUGGUCAGUGUUAGUGACAGGGACUCUGGGGACAAUGGGAAAGUGGAGCUCACUUUGAAUGGGCAAGAGUAUUUACCAUUCCUCCUGAACAAAUCCUCAGACGGUUACUUUGAGCUGCUGGUUUCAAAGCCACUUGACAGAGAGAUAAUAAGCAAAUAUGACAUCACGCUGAGGGUGACGGACAAAGGCUCGCCGCCCUUAUCUGAGAAUGAAACUAUCACCUUAGAGAUUCUGGACGUCAACGACAAUGCUCCUGCGUUCUCCCAAUCCUUCUACACGAUCCACGUUGUGGAGAACAAUCAACCAGGGGCGCUAUUGACAUCUCUUAGCGCAUUUGACCCAGAUCUCAAUGAGAACCAGUACUUGGUUUAUUUCAUAAUGGAGAAGGUGAUUGUUAACACGUCUAUGUCAAUGCUGUUCUCCAUCAACCCAGAGAACGGAGAUCUUUAUGCCCUGAAGACCUUCGACUAUGAGCGAGAGAGGGAAUUCCUUUUCCACAUCGAGGCUAGGGACUCUGGUGUUCCCCCGCUGAGCAGCAAUGUGACAGUUCAUAUCAUCAUUCUGGACCAAAAUGACAACACGCCUCUCAUAGUGUCGCCUUGGCGGGCGCAGGGUUCUGUCGUAGAGGAGGUGAUACCGAGGUCUACGGAUAAGGGGCACUUGAUCACCAAAGUGAUCGCCAUUGAUGCCGAUUCUGAGCAGAACGCUAGGGUCACGUAUCAGCUCCUGCAGAUCAGUGACACGACCCUCUUCAGCCUGGACCAGUACAACGGUGAAAUCCGGACAACGAGAAUGUUCAGUUACAGAGACCCAAGGCAACAGCGGCUGGUGAUUGUCGCCAAAGACAACGGCGAUCCUGCUCUCUCCGCCACCGUCACCAUCAAGAUAUCGACAGUGGAACACGUCAUGUCCUUUUCAGAGACCACAGAGUUGCCACUAGAGUAUGACUUCUUCACAGACCUAAACCUCUACUUAGUAAUCGGUUUAGGGGCGGUGUCAUUUCUGCUACUGAUAACCAUCUUGGUUAUUAUUGUGCUGAAGUGUCAAAAGCCAAAGCCGAAGGCUAUGAAGAUGCCCCCACCCAACAGGAACAGUGUGAUCAGCAGAAACAGCAUGAUCAGCCAGAGAAGCUCCACCAUCGCAGAUUCAACCUUGAUCUCCAGCGAUGCCUACUGGUACAGUUUGUUCCUCGCAGAGACCAGGAAGGGCCAAGUGGUCGUGAGACAGCCGAUAAUUCCCAAAGGAGCUGGGUAUUUUGUGUCCAGUAUACCCAGGAGCAUAGGGCCAAGUGAGACCACAGACUCCAGAGCAUCCACACUGGAGUACUCAAAAUGAAAGGAAGUCCAUUCUACAACUGGAGCAGGAACCCAGAAGAGAACUGCCAUGAUAUAAUCAGUCUCUGGCUGAAAUUCUUCCCCGUGACUCACAGAGAAGAUGUACAACUACAGUCCUCCAUCUCAGUCCCUCGGUUCCAACUUCUCUCUAGCUUCUCCAAUCCCCACCAUACAAGCAUCAACCACAAACCACCUCAGCUUUCUACCUUCUUUUCUCUUUUAAGCAUGGAUCUGCAUGAUUCUACAACAAAAUAAUUUGGACAUAGAAUUGAAAUAAUUAACGGCAGGAUAUUUGGACAUUUUCUAGAGUUGCCUCAUGUAGUAAAUCAUUCCUUCCUUAACGCUUUGAAACUCCUCCUCAGUGGACAAAUUUGCCUUCUCUCCAGGGUUUUACGCUGUGUGCUGUAGUUCUAGAAACCAUCAGUGGCUCAACAUGUUCGCAAGUCGUCGUCAUGCAACCUUUUUUAUAUUAAGAGUUCAAAACACGCCUAUUCACAAAGACACAUGAAUCAGGGUGAAUAUGUUUCUUCCAUAUAUCUGAUAAAUACUGAACUGUAGCUGGUUACGUCACUGAUUCAGGCUUUGCACUUGGUGUUAAUCUUUUUUGAAUAAUAAUUUCUACUGUAUUAAGAGUCUUGCUGUUCAGCAAGGGUCACACUGUCAACUAGUAACUUGGCGAUAAAAUAAUCAAUGAUCUGAUUUUAGAUUUCUUUUUUUUUUUUUUUUACAAUGUUUGUUGUACUCAACAGUGAUGAAUGUGUGAAAAUGACACAAAAAAAAAGAAUGAAAGAAAACUGUAAAAUUGAAAAAACAAACAUAGGGAUGUAUAACAGGAGAUACAUUGUUUCUCUUUUUAUUUUGAUUGUAGAUGCUGUAGCUCUAUAGAAAUUAUAAUGAGGUCAGAGAAGCACCUUCACUCACGUACGUGUGCAGUUCAUACUUUAUAGACAUCUGUGCUGUUAUAAAGUAUCUGACUGGGAACACAGUUAUCUGGAUGUAUUGGGUAGAUCUAGCAUAUACUGUUUCAGCCUGUCUCCUCUUUAUGGGGUGAGAGAGCGAGGGUCAAUGGGGGAAGUGUUUCCUCAGAUCAAGUUUUCAUCCAGAAGCACUCUUACGUCACAUAAUGGGAGCGGGGCCAGAGUGUGCAGCAUGUAAAGCAUUCAAACAUGAUGCACCAUAUUUUUCAAAACUAGGGGGGAAAUGUCAAUUCCACUUUCUUUGUAACAGUAUUCUGCUUUUCACACGUAUAAGCUAGAAUCAUUCGAAUCUAAUUCCCACUAAUUCAGAUACAGCUGAAAAUUCAAAUAUUACCAUUGCAAAUCUUAUUAAUCAAUUUAAAAAAAACACAAUAACCUUGGAAAUAUAAAAAAAAAUAUUUUGUAAUGAUAAAUACUCUGUUUACUGAAAAGGGUAAGAAUAUUAAAAUGUAUUAAUCCUUGCUAUGGUACAAGGGAAUAUAAGGUCCAGGCAAGGUAUUGUUUUAUGAAUAUUCAUGUUUUUAUAGAUAUUUUAACUUUUAAUGCUGCUUUUGUGAGCUUCUUCAAGGGCAUUUUGUGUUGCUUAUUUGUAGUUUAGUGCAUAUGAUGUUGUUUUGAUAGUGUACAUAAGUUACAAUUGAAACUAAAGUACUCUUUCUUGACCUCAAAGGUAGUGCCGUUGCACUGCCGUAAAGCCCAGGACUUUCAUUCCUCAGAAACAAGGAGCUCAUUAGGAACACUUAUUAGGAUGCUAAAUGAUAGAAUUUAAUUGGGCGAGGUAGGGGAGAUGGGAUUGGGUUAAUUAUAGUUGCAGUAUUCUAGUGAGGACUCUGCAAGAACACAUAGACAGUGCAGUAUUAAGUGGAUGACAGCACUUUGAAAUAUGCACCAGAUCUAAAUGUGAUCGCAGCACGCUCUCAGUAUUGCAGCGCAGGGAGAAUAUUUCUAGAUGUAUCGAGCUACAUAUUCUGAGUCAGUGAAAUCUAACCUCUCUCAUCCUCUCCCGCUGUUGCCUGGUGCUGGUGGCACACCAGGCUUCCCAGACAUAAACACAGCUGGCUGUCUGUCCGUGAGACUAAAGAUGUCACUUCAUGAGGGAUCUCUUGCUGUGGAGUACAUGUUAUGUGUGCAAUCAAUGCCUGAUUCCAACAGUGUUUAAAGAAUUAAUGAAUUGCACAUGUGAUGAGCUCCUUGCGUGCCUUCUGCUUUGUAAAAGACAUAUGUGACUGUUGAUGAAUGACAAAAAACGGCAUGCCAUACAAUAUUACAAAUCACAGUUAGGGCUGGGCGAUAAUUCAAUAUGAUCAUUUAUCGCCUUUCAAUGGAAUCAUAUCACAAGGAAAUCAUAUAUCGUGAUACACAAUUAGUACAUUUAUUAUAACAAGCACAUACUCAAAUUUCUCCAAAAAUGUGAUGUGAAAGACUUUGAGGGAAUAUCAUUUGAAGAUUGCGGUUUUGUUUUUACAUGUUGCACUAACGUUCUUAAUUGUAUGAGGAAAUACUUUUCAUUUGUUAAGUAUUCACACAGUAUUCACACAGAAGUUCACAAAAGUAGACUUUACCAUGUGGUUAUUUCAUAUAGACUAUGUAUUUAUUGACAGAAAACAUGCUAUAUUAUGAUAUAUAUCGUGAGAUAUGAAAUGUCGGGAUAGAGGAUUUUGGCCAUAUCGCCCAGCCCUAGUUACAGCACCCCAAUGAUACAAUACCUUGAAUUGCUAAGGCAAUGUUGGAUAGGGGCUCAGCCUUUUGGUUUCGGAGCAGAUGUUCUAUUGAGAACUGGUAAAUGCAUUUACUGUAAAUUGAACCGCUUUAUACUUUGUGUUUUUAUACAGUAGACUUUUUUGAUAUCUUCUGUAUUCACUGUGAUCAAACGGCACAGGAGUUGCUUGUUCUUGGUAUAGUAAAAGUGCGUUAUUUCUCAUUUGUUGUACACAGCUCAGUUUUUUCCUCUGCUCAUUUGCCAGUCAGAUUGUACUGUACAGUAUGCUUCGAAGAGUUGCAUCAAACCUAAUCCAGUUCCGUCCCACUUAGUGGAUCAAAGACAGUAUGGGAGAGAAUGGUCUUGCUUUAAUUUCAGGGUCUAGUUAAUUGUCGAAUUUUGAUGUCGCUUAUUUGGCUUAAUUGUUCUGCCUGAUCAUGCUAGUUUGAAAUAAAGCUUUUUAAUCUGUC